UCGCGGUGUAGUCCGAAUUACGCAGUUGAAAAAGUCGCCGGCCGAUAGCCUGCAUGCAUGUCAGUAUCCUUCGGGCGUCUUUCAAGUGUUUUUGUUUACGUACGACAAUUUUCCAACUACAAAUAAAUAUAAUAGAAUCAAAAAAUGACUCAAAUAUUUCACGGAAUAGUGAGUUUUGCAGUAUGACGUCGCGGGCGCGGUCAUGAUGAGAUAGGUGCAAAUGUCUGGACGAAUGCUCGAAUAAGUGGAAAUGUUAGCCGCCAGGAAGGAUACCACAUGGGACUGCAAUUGCAUACGACUUUUUGGGGCAAGUAAUCUAAACUAUAAACAUAGAGUGUCACGAAAUACAAUCUAAUGACGUCAAUCUAAAGCACUCAAUUCAAACAAACGAGGGCUUCGUACUCUUCAGGCCUCGUUUUGAUUGGUCAGCCACUGACACGAACGAGGCCGUAUAGGAAUCGUACAGGGACUGUACAGGGACCGUCGUGGGAGGGGAAUAGGGAUUGCGCAAUUUUCUCCCACCAAAACUAACUCCAAUGUCAGAAUGCCUUUCUACUUUCAAGCUGGACUCUGGUCAUCACCGGUAUCCGAUCGAGUCUAUAAAAAUUCUGCUAAAGUAAAAGACUUUACGAAAAUAUACCAGAUCUCGAUAUUUAAUUUUUGAGCUUUCACUAGUGAAGAUGUAUUUCAAACUGUCGACGUUUCUAGCUCUGGGAUUUUUCCUUCUCCUUUAUUUGCAAGCAACGGUUUUUGCUAAGGAUAAUAAACUGAGAUUUUGUACAGUAGACAGCAGAAAAACUCACAGAAUUAUUAACACUGCAUGCCAAAAACUUGUAAAGACAAACAGCAAAGAAGUGGAAUGUGUGGUAACAUCUGAUAGGGUUUCGUGCCUGAAUCUUUUAUUGAACGGGACAGUAGAUUUUAUGACUGCUGAACCUGAAGAUCUUUUUAUCAUUGGAUCGAACGCAGAGUACAAUCAUGAAGUUUUAGUAACACAGGAGUUAAGAAUUUAUGAAGAUGCCUCCGUUAGUUCAGAGAUGGUUAUUAUAGUUCAUAAAAGUGUAAAAAACUUAGGGGAUACUUACAGAAUGUCACUCUGUUUAUCUGGGAUGGAAUUUGAUAGUGCUGGAAUAGAUCAUCUAAGAUAUUUCGAGAAACAAUUCGUUGUCUCAGAAUGCGAUCCGAAAAAAACUUUAUUGGAAAAUAGAAUGUCAGCUCUGUCUAGCUACUUUGGGAGUGCUUGCAUUGGUGGUCCUUGGACGUCUGAUGAAUAUUUCAAUACUAAAUUGAAAAGGAAAUAUUACAAUUUAUGUUCCAAUUGUCAAAAUCCACAAAACUGCUUAAGUGGAGAUAUUUAUGCUGGACCACAGGGUUCAUUAUUAUGCUUAACGGAGGGUAAGGGGGAUAUUGCAUGGGCAAGAGCUGCUGACGUUCUUCAACACUUUCAGACGUUAAAUAUUAACAAAGAAGAGUACAAGUUUCUCUGUCCAGACAGUAGAACCAGAACAUUGUACGAUACUCCAUGCGUUUGGCUAACACAACCCUGGCGAACUAUCAUUGCCAGAAAAAACGUUGCUGGGCGUGUUUCCAAGUUUGUGAUUGAACAAAAUAAGGGAGUAGGAGACUUUCCAAGACUUUUGGAACAAGAUUUAUACAGAGUACCAGUCUUAGUCGACCCAUUUAAAACUCCAGAUGAUUAUCUGGAAAUGUUUGCCGAAUAUUAUGCUCUAAAGGAUCAUAUAAAAUGUAAGCCUGACCGAAGGAUCAAAUGGUGUGUCGCAACAAAUUUAGAGUAUCAAAAAUGCAAAUGGCUUUCGAAUGCUGCUCAAAGUCGUGGGGUAGAGCCAUCUAUUGAAUGUGUCAAAGAAAUCAGUUUUUCAGACUGUAUAAGCUCACUGAGAAAUUGGAAUAGUGAUAUUUUUGUAAUACAAUCACUGAAUGGAAUUGAAGCUACGACGAAAGGUCUUAAACCAAUUGUGCAUAUGUUGCCGAAUGCAACUAAUCAUGAAAAUCAAGUGGUAGCAUUGGUCGGAAAGUACGCUAAUUUUAAAUCGUUGGAGGAUAUAAAAUAUCAUAAUGCUUGUUUUUCUGGAUAUAGAGACGUUGCAUGGAAUGCCUUUAUUUACAUAAUGAGAAAUAUGACUGGCGACAACAACUGGUACUGCAAUGACGCAAAGAUGGUUUCUGAUUUUUUCAAUGAAAGCUGUGUGCCUGAUUUGAAUUCAUGGAAUCACACUUUCCCCAAAAAUCUGUACUCAAUAUGUCUUAUAACAGAACUCAAGACUCUAGAAUCGACGGCAUUGAACUGUUUGGCUCAUACGGGCGAUGUGGCUUUCAUCAAUUUGGAUAACAUGACGGAAUUAUUGAAAGAGACUUUCGAAACGCCCUAUAGACCAAUUUGUGUCGACGAAUCGACUUCUCAAUCUAAGCUUGAGGAAAUAUGCUCUUUGACCUGGACACCUCUUGGAUCAGUAAUGAUGCACACGAACGUAUCAAAGUCGAGGGAACAGGAAAUUUAUCUGAUGUUAGUAGAAUUAAAUGCACUAUUUGGUAAUGAAUUCAAAGGGGACACUCCACAAAUUUCUAUGUACGGAACUUUCGAAGGAACGAACAACGUUCUUUUCCCAGAUAAAACGUAUGCCCUACAAAGAGACGCGGAUCGAAUUCAUCGAGUACCAAGUUACAGUGACAUUCUCGAUCAUAUUCUGAAGAACCGGCAUUUUUGCAACGAUGCUGAAAGAAACAAAGAUUAUUUUAUCCUUACAGCACUUUUGUACUUCUUAAUAAAAGUGUUUUAAUUACUAUAAGGCGAACUUUGACAUGUAUAAAAUAAAAGU